UCAAUUGCCUCAUUUUUUUGCGAUCAUAUUGUCACGCUUUUUGAUUGCAUAGAAAUAUUGGAUUUAUUACAUGUAUUUUGUGUCUAAAUAGAAGUGCGCGUAUGUUCGUAAUAUUCUUAAUAAUGCUAAACUAGUUCCUAAUAAAGUAUUUGACAUACAUCUAUCAUAUCGUUAAGUUGUAAGCGUGCAGGAGUGCGAAGCGGAACAAUGGAGAACCUCAACAAAAGCAGUAAUAAAAACGUGUCAUUAAGCUUAAUAGCCGAAUACGGAGGUUCGGACUCUGAUUCUGAUGAUACAGAAACACGGUCAAACAAUACGGGUAACGACUCGGACGCUCCUGAGUUGAGCGAAAUGGUGUUAAAGAACAACAUAAUAAACGCGUGUGCUCACGGACCUCUGUCGAGAACAGAUCCUUGCGAUGAACAGGUGACCAGACAUAUGAUAAUAGACAGUUCAGAACGCGGUAUAAUGGAGUACGAGGUAACCGAAUAUAGAGACGCGGACAGUGAUUCAAAUACGAGCUCUUCCAGUGACUCCAGUGAUAGUGAAGUGGAUUCUGUGAAGGAUGCUGAUGCGUCUAGCGGAGAUGAGUUUGAAGUUAGAAAUAAUAAGCCAGAAGCACCAAAAGUAAACGGUGAAUUAGGACUGGAUGACCUCCCACCCAUCGAGGACCUUGCCAUCAGCUUACCUGCCCAGGAAUGCACCAAAAUAGGAAAAAUUGCCAGCAUAGUUGAUAGAUUAGUUAUAGUUCAAGCAUUUCCGGAGACACCUGCAGUGGACAUAGAGAGCGUACUUUUUGUGGAAAACGGAGCAAAGGCACUUGGCAAAGUUUUUGAUGUAUUUGGACCUAUAACGGAGCCGCACUAUUGCGUGCGCUUCAACUCACUCGAUCACGUCAAAGAACGCGGCGUACAAACCGGGAUGGAAGUAUUCAUCGCGCCAAAAAGCCAACACACUAAUUACGUAUUUAUAUCAGAACUGAUGAAAGUGAGAGGCUGCGACGCUUCUUGGCUGAACGACAUCGAGCCACCGCCUAGUCACAUCGACUACUCCGACGACGAAGAAGAGCGCAGGGCGGCGCGGGCUCGCAAGACGAAAAACAAAGAAGACGAGAACACUCAGAACGACGGAGAAACGUCCCGGAACGUUCGGAAACCGGUCGAGAGACGGAACCAGAGGCCUUCGGAGUGGAAUAGCAGAUUCGGUAGCGGGCCGAGCAGAGGUCGCAAUCCUUUCGCGCUCGGGUCCAGGCGCCACGGCAGACCUCCCCCUCUCUCUGCAGACGGAUCGGCUUUCAUCCCUCCCUUCAACCCGAACACCCCGCCCCCCUACAACCCGGCAGCGCCCCCUCCGUUCUCAAGCCUGUUCCAGUUCGGAAGCUCUCCGCGCCUGCACAGUCCCUUCCGCACGAACGCUCCGGUGUUCAUGUCCACCCCGGGGCCGCACUGGCUCACCCGCCCCCCUCCCCCACCCGGAACUUAAUGCGGCCGCGUACAACGAUUUAGGUUUUAAUCUCUGUAAUUAUCAAUACACAAUUUGGGUAACCUUGACCUCUUCGUGAGAGAGGUUGUUCCAGAGAAAUUUGAAAACGCUUUCCAGUAGGAAUAUUCUGUUGGAUAAAUAAAUGCACGUACUGUAUAUCCAAGGUCGAGCGGCCAAUGUUCCCUGCGAGGUCAAAGUUACACAUGUUGAUUACAAUUAGUUUACUACGGUUAUCGCAGUUAUUGUUUAACAAUACUGAACGUGUGGUUAUCCAAAAAUUAUAUUUAUACUAUAAUAAAUAUGAUACCUCAUUCA